GAACUAACUAUCCAAUGGCACUUGUAAAGAUUUGUGGCUUGAAAACCACUGAAGCUGCCAGUGUUGCUAUUGAAAAUGGAACAGAUUUACUUGGGAUGAUUUUGGUACCAAAUAGACAAAGAACCGUGGACUUGGAAGAGGCCAAAAGAAUCACCUCGUUGGCAAGAAAUGCUAGACAAUCAAAGAACAGAACCCACCAAACAAUAAACUCUCUUCUCAAGGAGCUCUAUUCGAGGGAGUACUCCACUGUGGAUGAUUUCCAGAUCACAGCUGCAGGCUUGGUUGCUGCAAAUGGACCGUUUGCCGUGGGAGUUUUCAGAAACCAAUCGGUGGAACAAGUUUAUGAAAUGGCUCAACAACUUGAAUUGGACUUUAUUCAACUCCAUGGUAGUGAAGAUAAACUUGGAUAUGCCCAGCCUAACAAGGAUUUGAAAUAUGGGAUCAUACCUAGGUUUGUUAUCCCUACCGAUAAUGCCGAGAUGACAAAGGUUUUCAGCCAAAGAAAUGUUGCCACUGGGAUAAUCCUUUCCUUAUUGGAUUCUGAGGCUGGUGGAGAGGGCAAAACCAUCGAUUGGAGUGCUGUUGGGGACCUUACAGAGGGUCGGUAUCUCUUGGCCGGUGGCUUGACUCCAGAGAACGUCCAAGAGGCACUCUUGGUGAAGAAUGUCAUUGGAGUUGAUGUUAGUGGAGGAGUGGAAACUUCUGGGGUAAAAGAUUUGACCAAGGUUGCACAAUUCAUUCAAAAUGCAAGAAAGUGAUUAAAGACCUUAUGGAUUAUGAUAGACGAUAUAUAUUAGCUAAAAGAAAGGAAGUGUAGG